AUGAACGGGACGCAACCGGCUAUUGGCCUUCGUGGAGAGGUGACUAACACGACGCCCGCGUCGCCGCCCACAGCAUCAUCAGGUGGCACGGCGCCAAAGCGACCAGGGUCACUGCCAAACUACGUCCAAGUCGCAAAGUCCUAUGUCUUCGAGCAGGAGAUUCAGAACCGUCUGAGAGAGAAUGGGGUCAGCCAAGCGCGAGAGGACAACAUCCGGCUGGCGGGCGUGCAGUGGAUCGACAAUGUGCGACGGGCGUUGAAGCUACCAGUCCGAACAUUCAACACCGCUGUGGUCUACUAUCACAAAUUUCGCCUCCAGCACUCAGACGGAGAGUACAGCUUCGUGGACGCCUCGGCGGCAGCCCUCUUUGCGGCCUGCAAGAUCGAAGACACACUCAAGAAAUCUCGAGACAUUCUCUGCGCGGCGCACAAUCUCAAAGCACCUCGGAAUGAACAACUUUCACCAGACGACCAGGUCUUCGAACACCACUCCCGCACCAUCAUCGGCCUCGAACGCCUCAUGCUCGAAGCCUCGGGCUUCGACUUCCGCAACCGCCACCCGCAGGAAUUCCUGAUCAAACUCUUCAAACACUACGGCUUCCAGAAGAGCUCCCCCGUCGUGAAACUCGCAUACACCAUCUCUCUCGACCUCUACCGCACAUGGGCGCCCGUCAAGCAAACCACGGCGGUCAUGGCGUUCGCCUGCCUCGAACUCGCUGGCCGGCUGUUGGGCGAGGAGUUCGAACCCGUGUGGCAAGGACAAGACUACACGGAGUGGAGGAUCGAGCGCGGCAUGGUCAUGGAGACACUCCUCGAUCUCCUGGAACUGUACACCCACCAUCGCAACCAGAGCGUGGUCGGGCCGGAACUCCCCGUCGAUCGGUUCCUCGAGGUGCGCAUCCCCCUUAACCAGGAGAGCGCGGACAAGAAGAUCCCGAGAUUCACCGCUUGGGUCGACACCGACGGUGAGGACGAGGCGUCGGCGGCGGCGGCGGCGAACGGCAUCAACGGCAUUAAUGGCUCCAAGAAGCAUCUCAACGUCAACGUCAACGCCAGCGUCAGUCCUCGGGACGUGACGAGUCCGAGACGUGGGAGCGCCAACACAAACACGAACAGCAGUGUCGGUGCCGGUGGAGCUUCUUUGUCCGGGCCCAGUGGCACCACAGGGGACAGAGACACCAGAGUCGCUCCUAGUGCUGUAAUCGGCGUUAGGCAGCGCGUGGGCGAGAGAGGCAGAGAAGGCACCGUGCGGUUCAUUCUCAAUCCCGAUCGGGAGAGGGACGAGAAAGCUAUUGUGGACUUGUUCAUGAAUCCGUGA